AUGAGGAAACCCUCUCCUGGGUCUUCUGCACAUCUGCCCAAGCUGGGAGCAUGGGCAGUGAGUACUGAAGGAUACCAAACUGCUCCAGCACUGAGAACCAUCAGAAACGGACUGAUUCUUGCUGUCUCCAAAAAUUUCCAAAAUCCAUCUUUACUUGGAACUUCACAUUCUCUGCAGUUCCCUGUUCCUGUGGUGAGCCAUGCAGCUUCUUCCUUAACAGGAAGAGUCUGCGAUUUCUCCAGAGUCUCUGCUCCCACUGUCAGUUCAACAUGGCUGCCGCCAUCAGCCUCUGGCACCUCUUUCCAGCCACUCAUGGGGACUGCCAAGCUUUACCAACAUUCCAGCACAACUGUGUUGUCUGCAGUUACCAGCCAGCGCCAGAUCUCCACUUCAGUUGGAGACUUCACUAUGACUGUCACUAACCAGAACAGAGCCAUGUGCACGGCAACGCAGUAUGCUCAGACUUCGUAUGCCAGCUACAUGGUCCCUGUGUAUCCAUCACUUCCUGGCAGGCUUGUUCAGGGAAUACCAACCCAGAUGCUAAAUCAGGGACAUAGUCUGUCACAUCCUUACCAGCAAGGGAGCCAGAUAUAUUAUUACAAUCAAGGCACAAUGGGGACUCUGCGAUCUGGAGAACUUGUCCCCUGCUGGCAAUCCUAUGGCUCUGUGACAGAUAGAGGAAGUAGGGCCUCUGCCCCUCAACCAGAAAUGACGGUACUACAGGAGAUUCAGCCCGCAGGUACCCAACCACCAGUCUCCACAUCUGGAAUCUACUACUACGUGUCUACUCAAACCAUCAAAGAAACACGUUUUCAAGUGAUGGAGACUUCCCAGGGUUUGCAGCCUCACCAGAUAUGUUGUCUGCCACAACAUCCACAUAGCCAGACACUUGAGAAUAACCCACCACCUGAGGUUGGGGGCAUUUCAGUGAGAGCUUCAGUCCAGAGUUCUGGUAAUCCCUCAGCACUUCCUCCAUCUAAAAAUCAGGAACAAACACAGAAUAACAAUUUGGAGGAUAGUAAAAACAAACUUUUGAAGCCUCUGGAUGCCUCCCAGAUCCCAGCAGAAAACCAAGAUGAUGUACUACUGCCUAUACACAUCCCUGAUACUCACCAUCUCCUGGACGGCACUGAUCCCCUCAACCGAGAGAAGCAGCCUCGUUCUGAAAACAUUGAUCUGGGGAAGAACAGCCUGAGCCUUGAGGACCAAGGCACACUUGUAAAUGAGAACGACUCGAACAGCAGUUUUGCAAACAUUGCUGACCAGGCAGGAGACAGUCACCUUCAUCCGCUCUUCAGUUCCUUGAAAAACUUUAUUCAGUCCAAAGGUCCCAAGGUGAGCAAAACCCAAGAUACCAGAGCCACCGAAUUAAACCAGGUGCAGAAAAGGUCAUGUAUAAAAAAGAGGUCUUCUGGUCAAGCAAUGAACAACAGUCAUGAAGCCUCUGAGCCUCUCAGUGGUGCUCCCGAGGCACCAGACAGAGACAUGAAUAUCUGCAAUGUUGCAGAUGGUGAUGAGGCUCCUGCGAACAAGUCCAAGCGUUCUAGACGCAAAUCUCCAAUAACUGCACCAAGGAGGACUAGAAAAACUAGGAGCUGUGCACAGAAGACCACAAGAACCAGGAAAAGGAACUCCAAGAAAGCUGAAGAGGGUGAGCAGUCUGGAAACAAAGUCAAAGCACAAAAAAAGCCAACGAUUCCCCGGAUGAAGCGGAAGAAAGUUGAACCUGAGCUCAGCCAAGAGAACUUUGAAACACCUCUAAGCAGGCUAGGCAUGCACAUGCUGGAGUCUGUGCAGGCACCCCUGGCCACCAAACCAUGGCUGAAUACUCUACGUGAGGGGAAAAGACUUCAGAAACCAGAUGGCAGUGUCAACAAAGAGUGUCCAUCUCCAUCUCAGAGUGAACUGCCACCUCCUGGGAAGCUCAAAUUUGUGCCUUUGCCUUUUCCGACGGAGGAAAGGUCUCCAGUUUGCCGAGUUCCUCGUAGGCGACGGUCUCCGGCCUCAGACCAGCCAGCUUUGCCUUCCUCUACCCAGCCUGGCUCUACAAGUGCAGCUCAGUCUACUGCAGUCGGUUCAUCCCAGCAAGCUCCUCCAUCUUUAACAGAUCCUGCCUGCUCAUCUCUGGGUCCAGUCUCGACCAACUCAACCCAACGAGACCUGACCAAGUCUACCCAGCCUAGUGUCACCCAGUCCGCUGCUUCUAGACCUGUACCCUACAGAAUGUCACUUUCAACUUCUCUCCAGCAGGAGCCCAUUCCCACUGCUGUGCCCCAGAACCAGCCUCCACCCAAGCCUAAAAGCCCGUAUGUAAACCAAGAGGUCUACUUCUUCAUACCACGUCCAUGGAGGAUAUCUGACAUCCUUGGGCCAGAAGUGUCAGAGCCCAUUACAGAAGGGCAGAGGCCAGAGCGGGAAGCUAUGAAGAGCUGGUGCCUGUGGAGGGGCCUAUCACGGAGGUGGUCAGAAUGGAUGAUAAGCAAGGCCCCGAGACCGCUACGGCAGAGCCCUGUCAAGUUAGCACCAUGGGGGCAGACGACCAACACGGGGCCAGCCUGUGCAACGACUACACCCGAGAGUGACCGAGAUUUACCAAUGUGUCCUCGGGCACUCUCAGGGACCUUUAGCCCUCAUGGAACAGACGGGAUGCCAUCGGUAGUUCGAGGGAAAGGAGCCUGGAGGAGCGAGCAAGCUGGCAGCGGCUCCCUAACAUCUUAA